AUGUCCGACCUCCUUGCUCUCAUCCGGGGAGAUGAUCCAGCUCCUUCAAACUAUGUCCACCGACGCUCCAGCAAGCUCCCUAGGCCUCCCAGGAUGCCGGCUCAAGAGUCACUUGUCGAAGAACCAAGGAAAAGGGGAUUCUUUAGAUCAAUAACUUCCAAAGCCUCUAGCAAGACACCCGCGCAACCGCAAGUACUUUUGCCCACUCCUCCUCCAAACUCUCCAUGGAGAAUCCCACCUUAUGCGAGUUCAAACGCGUCUGUGACGUCACUUCCGAGUACCAGAUAUACCGAUAGUUCGUCGAUGAGAUAUGGGGAUGGUCUACAAAUGGAGAGACGAGGGUCAAUGCAGCUACCUAGACAAGCUAGUGCUGAGCCGAUGUCAGAUGGGAGCUACUCCUCGUCAGCACCUCAGCUCUCACGGCUACCGAAUGCUCAUAUCGACAGAAGCGUCGAGGGACUUCGCGUACCACCAUCAGUACCAGCAUCAAAUGAGCAUUCUCGACGAUACCCGAUACUUCCUGAUAACGGUCGACGCCCUAGUAUCUCCUCGACCAACUCACAAACAACUGGUACCCAUGUCGCGCGUCAAGAGGCCGCGCCAUUCUCUAAUCUCUCUCAGCCGCACUCGUGGGACAGUGGCAUUCUCACCAUCCCGGUACCAGCAGUCACAAUGCCGUCUGCGUCCUCCUCUAUCGGCGGCCAUGCAGACGAUCCAUUUCACCGAGACGAUUCGCCACCGCCUGCGUACAGCCAGCGCUCGAGCCUCACCGUUGGCAUCAAAGCCGCCCUAUCCAAACCCAAGCAACCAAUCUUACGGUCCAGUUCGCCCUUGCAUAAUACACUUGUGGCCGAGCCCAAGUCGAGUGAAGACUCACGGAGGGCAGACGUUGAUUCAAAGAGCUCCAAGUCAAACGUAACAAACGAAACUCCUACGCCUGUGCAAAUUGCAUCACGUUCACCGUAUCCCACAGCAGAGCAAAAGGCCGCCGCCAUCGCUGCGGUCCAAUCACGCCGAAAGACGCACGCAGGUUCGCUCCAGCCGCCAAUAGCCCUCAGACCGUUAAGCUCGUUCCUAGAACUAUAA